UACCUCAAGCACGGGGGGGUCGCUUCACUUCCGUUUCCCCUUCUGACGUCGGUCUCUUCCACAGACACAGAGCCAGCCAGCGCUGAUUGGGUUCCCCGCUACGACACUGAAGAUGAAUUGAUCAGAUCACAAAAUGAAGCUUGCAGCUUUUUCACUGUGACCCCUGUGAUCGAGCCCGACGCGUUUCCCGACCAGCCCAACAUGAACAGGCGCUGUGCGUCUGCGCUCCGCUCCCAAAGUGCGCAGGUGGUUUUGUCUGGGUAGCUAACGCUAGCCGUGCGCGGCUGUUUUCCUUCCCGUGGCCCGACCUGCCUGCAUCAUCCAAGGGACGGGCUGCCUUUACCCAGCAAAGCACCAUGAAUCUCUUCCGUCUGGUAUGUCGCCACAAGACGGCUCUGGUCAUCGGCACGGUGUGCAGUUUUGCCGUCGUCCUUGUCUUCUUGGCCAAGUGCACGUCAGAGACGCUGAAGCAGGGUCACCUGGACCCUCCAGGCUUGGCUCCCCACACCAAGUCUUUGCAUUUCCAUCCAGACCGCCAGAGUCCUGCCUCCGCUUCCAAAGACCUGUCGGCGUUUCUCGUGGUCCUCGUCACGACUGGGCCCAAGUACACAGAACGCAGGAGCAUCAUCCGCAGCACCUGGCUCGCCAAGCGGGACUCUGAUGUGCUGGCCAUGUUCGUGGUCGGGACUCAGGGCCUUUCCAGCGAAGACCUUCAGAACCUGAACACGGAGCAGGGACGCCACAAGGACUUGCUCUUACUGCCCGACCUCCGGGAUUCUUAUGAGAACUUGACACUCAAGCUGCUGCAUAUGUACUCCUGGCUAGACCAGAACGUGGACUUCAAGUUUGUCUUCAAAGCGGACGACGACACGUUUGCUCGCUUGGACCUCCUCAAAGAGGAGCUGAAGGGGAAGGAGCCGAGCAGGUUGUACUGGGGCUUCUUUUCGGGCAGAGGCCGAGUGAAGUCCGCCGGGAAGUGGCGCGAAAGCUCGUGGGACCUCUGCGACUACUACCUGCCCUAUGCCCUGGGCGGGGGCUACAUCCUCUCGGCAGACCUGGUCCGCUACGUGCAUCUCAACGCGGGCUACCUCAAGACGUGGCAAAGCGAGGACGUGUCGCUGGGCGCCUGGCUGGCGCCGGUGGACGUGCGGCGGACGCACGACCCGCGCUUCGACACGGAGUACAAGUCCCGCGGCUGCAGCAACAAGUACCUGGUGACGCACAAGCAGAGCCUGGAGGACAUGCUGGAGAAGCACCAGACCCUGCAGCGGGACGGGAGGCUCUGCAAGGAGGAGGUCAAGCUGCGGCUGUCCUACGUUUACGACUGGAGCGUGCCGCCCUCGCAGUGCUGCCAAAGAAAAGAUGGGAUUCCAUAGUCGCUGUCCUUUUCACUGGGCAGAUAUUUGAUUUCCUAUAAGAUAUAUUUUAAUACAAAGUGAGGAAAGCUAAUCCCCCCACCCCUCGUCGUAUCUCUAUCUGUGUGGAUGAUUGUGGAUAAAAUUGUGCAACUGGUACUAGAUGUCAGAACAUAAAUAAUACUCUAAUUGGACAUUUCAUGCAAAACUUUCGAAAAAGCAUCGUCCACCCCACCCCCCUCCCCCCACCACCACCACCCCCCACCAACGACAAACCGGAUUCAGUGUUAAACUGAGGACCCUCACUUGGCACCUGUUCUUUGGGUUCCCUCGUUCACUAGCACCGGCACCGGUGAGGUGGUGCUGUCCCACCAGCUCUUAGCUGAGCCAGAGGAAAGAAGUUCUUCGAUCAGGAGGCGGCGGUAGCUGUUGGGAGACUGAGAAACCGUCAAAAUGUCUUGAGCUUCGCUUAUAAAAAAAAAAAAGCUGAGUUAGUUUUGUGUUUUUAUUUUCAGCUGCAUAAUUGAGGACAAAAAAAAACCUUUUUAAAACGCUGAGCUUCAGCAUUAAAGGAGCAAUAAGUAACACUGACACCUAGUGGCUCAAAUCGGCACAACGGCCUGCCAUUCACAACGAUCUAGUGUACUGUCUAAACGGCGUGUGGCUGUUGUGAAUUUUUACUUACGCAUUAUAGAUAGAUUCUGUUGUGUUUUGUUCUACUUCUGGUCUGCGUCUCUGUGUUAGCAGGCUGCUGCUCUUUUGCCAAGAUAAAACGUCAAAUGGUGCGCACUUUUUUUUUUCUGGGAACCCUGGUGUGAUUGGCUCAGGAACCAGGAAGGAAACACGGGCUGAACCCUGCACCGAAGUAGUGUUGGACGGUACCUCUAGGUUGGGACAGGAGAAAAUCGUGACUAAGACAUGGUUGAGGGAGAGGACUGAAUGUUUAUGGGGAACGUUACUUCCAUCCUAGGUGACAAAUGAGAAUUUUUUUUUGGUUGAUUUUGCAGUAAAUUUCUUGCUUAUUGCUCCUUUAAUUAAGUCAGCAAAGCAGUGGAAUAACGCAGGCUCCUUGUCUCGUUGGCUUUUUCCUCUUGAUAUUGUGAAAAAGCCAUAAUGGACAUUAUUUAGCAUAACUACACACUUAUGACUUAUAAAUGACAAGAGUCAAUUAAUAGGAACCAGCAGGCAUUCAAAAAGUAAGCCUUGGUUAAACACCUGCCAAACAUCUAGUGGUGCAUAAUUAAUAACUCCUCUCUCUUUAAACUAUUGCAAUGAAACCUGGCUCAUUUGGCUGGACUUCUUGAACACUAGGUGCUGCCUAUUACGUUUAGUGGGUGGUGUCGCCAAAUAAUUACCAGGUGGCGCUUGUAACACUGUUUGAUGAGCGUGUGAUAAAUGCCAAAGAGGGCUUUCCAUAUUCACCCUUUGUGUAGUUUAUGCAGGUCAUCUGGGCACGUAGAGCUGUGCUUACAGACGGUAUUUGUAUAGGUUCUGCCUGUAAGAUGGCAUCUCUGAGAUAUUUCUCAAACCCAGCUGGUCUUGUAAUAAUAUUAGACAGUGAUAAUAAAUCCCGCCCCCGUCAAUCCAUUUAAAACAACAGUUAAAAACAGUGAAAGAAGCAAAUAAACAAAAAAAGAGUUAAUAGAUGAACUUGGUACUUUGUAGUAGAGUUGCGCAACAUACUAAAUUGUAAUAGCACCGUUUCAGUGUGUGUCCAAUAUAGCAAGGCUGUAAUAGGCUGUAAUAUUUUCAUUGCCAUGUAUUAAAACUCUUGGGAACGACGAUCCUAAGUGAUGAGGUCAUCAUUAGGACGGAAAGGAUCAGAGUUGUAGGGAAAAUCUUUUAAUUAAUUUCACUCGAUGUCUUCAGUGUUCAAUAAUAAUAAUGUAAUUUUAUGUUAUUUUUUUUUUAUUUAUUUAAUCUUUUUUACAAAGCACAUCACUUUCCGGGCCUCUUUUGUAGGGACACCCAGAGAAAUAAUGGGAUCCACAAAUAAAACGGAUGUAGGUUUGAACACCGGAUGAGCGGCAUAAUGAUCUGGCACAGAACUCAAUAUUGGGCUGUGGGAAAACCGACCGGGUUCCUUUUUUAGAAGCAAGCACCGCAACCACUUUGGUGCAAAUAUUUGUCUCCCGUUCAAACCGGGUGACCUCAAAAACCGAUCCCCCACAUAGUUUGGGGGGCAUUUAAACAUCUUCCGAUCUCGUUAGUCAAGAGAUUGGAAAGAUAGCGUUAUGUGUCGUUUUUCUGUCCGUGUGAUUUAGAAAAAAAACGUUCAACAAAGCUGAAUGUCGGUUUGAAAUGCUCGUCGUAAUUUAGCCUCAAGUCCAGGUCUGUCUGUUUAGUCUUUGCAGAUUUCAAUGUGACACCAAUGCACAAACACAAACUUAUCGGUUUUCAUAAAUAGAUGUUUGUUUUUUUUUAUAAACUAGCUGUACAUUUUUUUACGUGUGGGUGUAGUCACUCAAGUUUUACUACCUACGGUUUUUACGUUAGACUUGGCUCAAUUGUUUUCACCUCACCUCCUGAAUCAAAAGCCAAUGUCGGUCCUGUUUGCUUUUUGAGUCGUUUACUGCUUGAACCUCGCCGUGAUCCCCAGUUUACAACCUCGGUGACUUAAAUCUGUACGUGCUUCACCUGCUGAACCCUCAUCGGCAGAAAUAUUUAAAGGUCCUGUUAGUGUUGUUGUGAGAUUACCGCGCCAUAUUGGCUUUUUUUCCCUCUUUUUAUUUUGUGCAAAGUAUUUUUUUUGUGUGUGUGAUUUAUUUAUUAUUAUUAACUUAUUCUGCAGCAAACACGGCAGCACAGUACAGACUCAAGUGCAGUGGACGUUGCCUCGGAACACGUCGGACUGAGUGAACAGAAAUGAUGGACGGGAAAACGUUCUUUUGUGUUAAGAAAUUGUUUACGAACAGCGGUGCACAAGUUUAUGUUGUGAAGGUUGUGCAAAAGAGAACGAUUGAUUAUGCUUUGUUGAAAUAAGGCCUUCCUGUUCCUUAAACUCAAACCAAUGUGAGAACGUUCGGAUGAACACUAGCAGUACAAGAGUUUUUUUUUGUUUGUUUGUUUAUUUAUUGUGCUGCUCAUGAACGUUUGUAAACCGCACACACAGCACUUUUUCCCUUUGUUUGAAUUGCUUUCAAAUUCCAGCGUUGUCUCUUUCUUUAUAGUUGUUUUCCCACGAUGUGUUUCUCCCUAUUUUUAAUUAUUAUUUUUUUAUGUCUGUAACGUGUCAAAGCUUCGUGAAGUUUUACGAAAACGCCUCGAUCCGCGCGACGCAACCUCCUCUGGUUGAGCAGAUGCGUCGGGUUUCAGCUCGGUGUGUUUCAUCCUCAGAUAAUUCGAGAAAAGUCCAAGUUUAGUUUUCACAGCUCAAGUUACGUUUCUUUUUGAAUGAUGUAACGCUGUCACUUUAAGGUACAUGCAAGGAGAUUAUUGUGCGGUUCUAAUGAGGGUUCUGUGGUUGUUUCACAUGUGAUCAUUCAUUCACCCUACAUGUUUUAUUAAAAAAAAAAAAAAAAACCUGA